AUGAAGGACGACAGAAACAGCUGCGAGUUGGGGAAAGCUGCAAAAAAACCUCGCAUUGAAGCAGAAGAUACUGCUGACAGGUUAAGCUCUCUUCCAUACCUCAUUCUUCAUCACAUCCUAGAGUUUCUCGACACCAAAUCCGUCGUUCAAACCUCGGUAUUGUCCCGAGCUUGGAGAAGCACUUGGAAAGAGGUUUCCGUGCUCAAUUUUCAGAGCGAUUCAUUCGAUCGGUAUUCGAGUUUCCAAACGUACGUGGACAAGGUACUGUCCCUCCGCCAUCCUGGUGUUCUGAGCGUGGUAGAAUACAGUGACAAUGAGAAUAGGGAGGAACGAGAUGGCGAUCUGUUUGUCAAGGUCAUCGAGCAUGCGAUAACCCAUGAUACUAAACAUUUAGUGAUGGACCUGUCCAAUGGUAAGGAAUUCCAACCUAGUAGUGCGUUCUCCUUUUUGUUUCACACUGUCUCGGAUUGCAAGCUCGAGAGCUUAGCACUCCGUUGCGUCAUCUUGGACAGUGAGUUCACAUCUGCCGGGUUCCGAAUGCUGACAACGUUAACUCUGUUCAACUCCUGUAUGACCACGCCUGGAAUGGGAGACGUCGACCCUUUUUCUGGCUUUCCAUGUCUCAAGCAUUUGACGCUGAUAGCGUCUAUAGGCCUCGAUUAUUUCGAGGAUGUCACCGCCAGUUUCAAGAUAUCCGGAUCCCAAUUGAUUACUUUGGAGAUGGCGAUUGUGACGUCAUCCAAGAUCGAGAUAUGUGCACCAAAACUCAGAGACUUCGGACUCCAACACGACUUGGGAUCCUUGAAUUUCUCCAGCUUAAUAUUACCUUCCCUUAAGCAUGCUGAAAUUGGCAUAAGUGAUAAGACAAAUCGGAUGGAGGCUGACAAGGAAAGCAUGGCGAGAAGGUUGAUGUUCUUGUUCCAAGGUUUGAGUGCUGCAAAAGGUAUCCUGCUGCAUUCCAAAACCAUCCAGAUAUUGGGCACCAUUGAUUCGGCCAUUCUGGAGCAGCAACGCUCCCCCUUCACCAGAUUGAAGACCUUGAUCGUGGAGGGUGAUGCUGUGCCGUACCAACUGAUAGAUUACUUUCUUGAAGGGUCUACUACUGUCGUCGAACCAACUCUGUAUCGCGUAAAAAGUAUUGGUGAAACCAUUUUGGAAUAGAUAUACCUUCUGAUUUGGGUACGCGGUUGUUUAAUUGUGUGAUUCUGUUUCCCUUCAGGUCGUUUUAGAAUAGGUCGUAAUUCUUAGCUUUAGGUUUGUUUAAUUCAUAAGACCUACUCUUCGAUCAUGC